CGGUAUGCUGCUUUUCUUUUGUCUGCGCUGCGUUUAGUUAAAGUUUACGUUUUUUAGUUUGAGUUUACACUUUUUUUCGCGUUACGGGAAGGAUAUUUCGCCACUGUGGCCUACACACUCAUGAGUGCCACCAAAGAAAUGAGGACAAAUCCGCCUAAAGCAGCUUAUGUACGAUACCGUGACUGCGGGAAGCGAUGUAUUGUGAAAGUAUCCGAAAUCCUGGACUUCAGCCCUAAGGAUGUUGCCGAUUACGAUCCACGGCGUUUGUACAAAAUAUGGUGGGCGCCAAAUGACGACGACGACUACCAAGGGGAUCCAGGAUACUACAAAGGGCAAAUAUUGCUUUUGGCAGCUUCAGUGGACGACCUGGAACACAAAAUAGAAAAAAAACGUGUUCCCACACCGAAAGUUGUUGAGAUUACCUCGGACAGCGGCUGUGAAAACCCACAGGAGGUACACAGAAGCGGCAAGAAGGCAAGCGAAUCUUCUCUUAAGAAGCCUGCUCAGGGCCAGACAAACUGUGCCGUGAUGAGGGACAUCUUGCGACAGAAGCUAGCCGAGAAGAGAGCCCACCCUGUUAUUGAGUACGAGUCUGAGGUCAGUGAUUCUGAUGAUGGUGCUGUGGUACCGCAGAAGCUGUAUGAUGAACUACAAGAGCGCUAUGCUGCAAUGAAAGCACAAGUACGAGAGCUAAAGUCAAAGGCUAGCUCAUCGCCAAGCAUGAUGGAAGAUCAUUUGAAAGCUAUCAGCACAACUUUAGCACGAGUUGAGGAAAAGAUAGACCAACACGAAUAUGUAUCCCCUGAAACAACCAUGCUAUCAGAGCCUCCUCUCAAAAAAGCUAACUUUCAGACGGAUGGAGUCACUGUAACCAUCAAUGAAACUGUGUCAAUGCCACUCGAUCAGUGGCUGCACUGUCAAAGAGAAAAGAAAGAGAGUCUUUUUGUGCGGAGCAUGGCACUGGCUUUGUGGGGGAAGGAUACACUCAAGAACAGGUCGACAGAAGGACGGGUGUCGAACCGGUUUAGAAAGCAACCUGAAGCUACGGCAAAACCCCAACUCUCACCAGAAAAAAUUGGUGUCCUAGAAGACUGCUUUGAGGACUGGCUCGUGAAGCGUGGUGCCAGUGGUCCAUGCUUGAAAGAAAGGUUGAACUCCCUGAAAGGCCACCUGAUUUCAGCUCUACGGGAUGCUGCAAGACCAGCAAAAGACGCACCGACCACACCCACAAAUGCCACCUCAUAAGGACCUUAUUUCUGCUGAAGUUUCUGGUUGUCCUCAUAUCUUCGCAGCAGAAGAAGGAUCCCACUGCUGCCUGUGAUGCAGGAGGUCAAGUAGUCACAGCACCUGCACACAGAUCCAGUCCACAGACCUGGACGGCAUACCUAAGCAUAUUUUACAUGUACACUUCAAGUACUGCAAGUUUCAACUCUGCAAUGCAAGACUAUAUCUGUCUGAAUUUAUGACACUGACUUGUACCAGUAAGCUUUGUUUGCGGACAGUACAAUGAUUGGUCCAUGUCUAGUUUAGGUCCGCCACUCGAUUUCAACCUUGAAAU